GGAACAACGGGAGGGACCAAUUUACUCGCGGCACUCACUGUCUGUGAUGGCGCGUGAGGACACGCGCAGCCCGCGGUCAUCCCCGAGCAAGUGCCAGAGGACCCUGGAGCCGGCUCCGACGGACGAGGGGGAGCCCUCGAGGAAGAAGGCGGCGGCCACCGGCGACGGUGGCGGGGGCUCCUGUUCUUCUGGUUCGCCUUCCCUGUGCUGCGGAAUUUGCCUGUCGUCGGCGGGAGAGAAGUCGAUCAGGGGCAUGAUUGACUGCUGCGACCAUUACUUCUGCUUCAUAUGCAUAAGGGAGUGGGCCAAGGUGGAGUCCAGGUGCCCCAUGUGCAAGCGGCGGUUCUCCUCCAUCCUCAGGCCCGCCAUUGAAGGGGUUUUUGACACCGAGAGAGUCGUUGAUGUCCCGCUCCGUGAUCAGGUUUAUGACCCGCUUGGAAUCAGAACUAUUGACCCUUAUGCAGAGUCCAAGUGCACUAUUUGCAAGGGGUCACAGGAUGAAUGGCUUCUCCUGCUCUGUGAUCUUUGUGACUCUGCCUCUCACACGUACUGUGUGGGGUUGGGCUACACUGUGCCCACGGGGGAUUGGUUGUGCCCUGACUGCAACAUUCUAAGAAAGUCACAGGCCGAUGGAGAAGAAAGUGACGAGGCACGUUCUUCUUUACUGCUCAGUAUCGUGAGAGAAGGCAGUAGCUCGGAGAUUAAUGGCCCAGUAACCCCAGCCUCACCCCCCUUAAAUCCAUCUUGUUCUGUCUCUAAUGGGGAAGGACGAGCACUCCCUACAAGGGAGAGCAAGGUUCCUCUAUUUGGUGCCAGAACUAGGCAUCAGUGUCGGGAUGUGCAUAGUCGCAUACAAGCACUGCGAGAAAAUUGGAAUGCCUUGAGACGCGGGUCGGUGAGUUUCUCGUCCGGUCCCGCAGAAUCUGUUAUCAAGAAGAACAGUCAAAAGCAGUCUGAAAGGCUUCCGAAGGAACAUGAUAGAUUGGGAAAAGCAUCUUCCUCUGGUUCUCAGCAAUUGACUGAUAAGGGAGGUGAAAAAUCAGCAUUUUCUUCCCAUUAUAAAGUCCCUUAUGAUGUUAGCAAGGCCUGGAGGAUGAUGGAUCUCGCCAAGUCUAGACGGCAAGGUCGUAACUCUAUGAUGACUGUCCAGCAUGCUGCAAAAGACCUAAUUAUGAAAGGGAAUGCUUCUGAAAGAGGAGGAUCUGUUCAUCAGAAUCCCUCUCAGUCGAGUAAUUACUGUAUAGUGGGAGAGCAAAAGCAAGAGCGGAGGACCUUUAAGUCAGGUGAUCAUUCUGUGAAAGGUGGUGCAGCUAGAUUUCCACCAGAACGUCUGAAUCUUCCUGAUUUGAGAACGAUUCCAGUUAGAAGUGGAAAUGGGCUCGGAGCAUCACGAGACAUUGAUCACGGCAUGAUAUAUUCAGGCACAUCUGGAGAAGGAUCUUCGCGUGCUCCGAGUUUGAAGAGUGAGAUCCAGUCUCUUGUGAGACAGAACUUGAAGAUGCUUAUGCGUGGCAAACAGCUAGGAGUAAAUGCAUUCAAAGAGAUUGCGCGAGCAUCCACGCAUCAUGUGUUGGCUGCCUGUGGGUUGGAACAUUCUAAAUCCAUUCAAUACUCUUCCUUCCCAAGUCCCGUGUGCCCUCACCUUGAUCAAGCUAAACUGCAGCAUGAGGCUGGUCCGAUGCCGAAUGCCUGCAGAGAAUGCUUCGACGCCUUCGUGAAGAACGUGGUCGGCUUGAUCAUGCAAGAGAAAGUGGAUCGUGUUCGGUUCUCCUUUGUGAACCGUUUCUAUUCUACAUGCCCGGGGGGCACUACGGCGCGACCAAGGUUCUAAGCAGGACGCGCCUACUGCUGGUCAAGAGCUGCCCGAACAUUGUAUGGGUCCGUGUAAUUUAGUUAAUGGGCCAAGAGUGGCCCCAUCGUGAGCAUGUGGUUGCAAGCUUAGAACCGUGGGCUUAAUUGAGUCCGAUUAGAAUAAUUUCUCCGUCAAGAACUAUUCCUAUUUCACGUGCCGGUGAUAGAUGAUGUGUCGACUGAGGUUUCAAGUCGGGACAUGUCCGCUGCUCGUUCGAGAACAGCCCAAACAUAUAUUGAAUUAUAAUUCUUCGCA